UCUCAACAACGAGCAAGAGCGUCCGCCGGUUGCACUUCCGCAUUUGUAUCACCGACAAUUUUCUGUGGCGCUCCGAUUUUUAUGCGAAUUAAAACUAAAAUUGGCAUGCUGAUGCCAAAAUUGAAGUCAGUUUUUUAAUAGCACGUCAAUUGUUGUCCCCUCCACAGCUUACCCUCCAGAGAAGCAAAGUUCCACAGAUUAGCUGUAUAAGACUCGCCAGCUGAUUACGAUUGGACUCAUCUGCAGCUACGUGGGAACUUGUUUGUGCAGUCACAAUUGAGACGGCGGCGAGAGGCGUGUGCAUCUCCCAAUAGUAUGAGUACAUUAUGGAAAUAAUGACAGCGUGCGGAUCUUCAGCAAUGUCUGGGAGUCCUGCUGUGGUUCUUCGUUUGGUGGCUUCGGCUUACACUGUGGCUGAGAAAGCUGGCGACAUAGUGAGAAACGUCCUUCACCGUGGAGACCUCGGCAUAGUGGAGAAGGAGGGUGCUCAUGAUCUGCAGACACUAGCGGACAGACUUGCACAGCGGAGCAUCUGUGCUUCACUGUCCAGACGUUUCCCUAAAAUCACUAUCAUUGGCGAGGAGGAACUUCCAGCUGAGGAGGUCUCGGAGGACCUGAUUGAAAAUGGCCAAGCAGAAGAAAUCCUUCAGAAAGUCUGCCCGGUUGAAUAUAGUGGAGUGAAAGAGGAGGAGCUGGUUGUGUGGGUGGAUCCUGUGGAUGGCACAAAGGAGUACACGGAAGGCUUCCUCGAUAACGUGACCGUGCUUAUCGGAAUCGCCUACGCAGGCCGCGCAAUCGCAGGUGUCAUCAACCAGCCUUUCUACAACUACCAGCUUGGGCCAGGGGCGCGUUUGGGAAGAACCAUGUGGGGGGUGCUCGGACUGGGUGCCUUUGGAUUUCAGCGACAAGAAGUUCCGGACAACAGACGCAUUGUGACCACCACGCGUUCCCAUAGCAACAAGCUUGUAACAGACUGCGUCAAUGCAAUGGAACCUCAUGAGGUUAUAAGAGUGGGUGGCGCAGGGAACAAGAUCAUCCAGCUCAUUGAGGGCAAGGCGUCCGCUUACAUCUUUGCCAGCCCAGGAACCAAGAAGUGGGACACGUGCGCUCCCGAAGUUCUCCUGCGCUGCGUUGGCGGUAAACUCACGGACAUGCAUAAUAAUGCGUACCGCUAUGACGCUAAUGUGAAGCGCAUGAACUCCGCCGGCGUUCUCGCGACGCUCAGAAACCACGAGUACUACGUCAGCCGAGUGCCCGGGUCAGUGCUGCAAGCCCUGAAGUCCGACUGAGGAUCGUACGCAAUGAUGUCAUAAAUCAUCAGUGAUGGUUUUAUCAACACAUUGGAGUCCACAUCAUCCUCAUUUAGUCUAAAAUACACAACGGGCCCAUGCCUAGCACAUCCAGAAGGUUGUUACGUUCAAAUAUGUAUUUCAUAUUUAAUACAGAGUAGUGAGUCAACUUUGAAAUGUGUUUUUAUGGAUAAAUAUUUACACUCAAUGUUUAUAUUGCUGGCCGUGUCUGUUGAAAUACACCACUCAAAACGAGUUAGGCAUAUUCGGCUUUCGGGUGAUAUUUCAGGUUAAACAAGAAAAGCACUGUAACCUUUGCGGGUGAACCUAAUUGAAACUAAAUUUGAAUACACGCGUCCAA